UUCUUGGCUCUUUGGGGUUGAAAUGAUUUUCCAAGAUUCUCUGUAGGAGUCCGUACUUCUCAUGUCUCUAGUCAAUGGACUUUUGUAUGCAGCGGUUACUUUGGUUGGAAGUUUAGUAGCGGGACUUUAUGUUUUUCAGGAAAACCUUUUAUAUCAUCCCUCCAUUCCAACUCGCCGCUAUGAGGAAAACCCUAACGAUUAUUUAAUGGCAUACAGAGAUAUAUUUCUAGAAACUGAAGAUGGAAUAAGAAUUCAUGGUUGGCUAGUUUUACAAUCGGACUCACGCAAGGCGCCAACAUUCUUGUAUUUUCACGGAAACGCAGGAAACAUAAGUCACCGACUGUCUGACGUGCAACACUUUUACAGUAGAGUUGCCUGUAACGUGCUUAUGGUAAGCUAUCGUGGCUAUGGAGAUAGCGAAGGAAGACCUUCUGAAAAGGGUAUCCAACGGGAUGCCGCUGCUGCUUUUCGUUUCAUUCGUUCUUGUGAACUGAUAGAUCCUAGACAACUUUUUGUAUUUGGAAGAAGUAUUGGGGGUGCAGUCGCUAUCUCUUUGGCUCAGCGGUUUCAACGAGAAAUAAAAGGAGUUGUCGUUGAAAAUACUUUUACUUCGAUCGAUGAUAUGAUUGACUAUGUUUUGCCAGCUCUUCGUUGGUGUAAAUUUUUGAAUAGAAACAAAUGGAAUUCUGCUGCCAGUGUAUCUUCUUUGACUUGCCCUAUUCUUUUUCUUUCCGGCCUUCGUGAUGAACUUGUUCCACCAAAGUUGAUGCAACAGUUGUAUGAUCUUGCCACUCAUUCGGUAUAUCGUCAAAUGGUUACCUUCCCAGAUGGGACUCAUAAUGAUACUUGGUUUCGAGGAGGAAGUGCGUAUUACGAUGCUAUUGCUGCUUUUGUUCAUAAAGCAUUGUCCAUUUCAGAUAAAUAAAAACUUUUUCAAAUAGGAAUGGAAUUCC